UUUCGUGGACGCCGGGGGAGCUCGAGCAUCUCUGGGACCUGAGCCGGAGGGGAGGAGGAAGGCCUGUCAGUGCGUGGAUUUGAGCCUUGGUAUUUCUACCCCACGAUCUCGAAAUGCAUCGUGAUUCCUGCCCCUUGGACUGUAAGGUUUAUGUAGGAAAUCUUGGAAACAAUGGCAACAAGACUGAAUUGGAACGUGCUUUUGGCUACUAUGGACCACUCCGAAGUGUGUGGGUUGCUAGAAACCCUCCUGGCUUUGCUUUUGUUGAAUUUGAGGAUCCCCGGGAUGCAGCUGAUGCUGUUCGAGAGCUAGAUGGAAGAACACUAUGUGGCUGCCGUGUUCGAGUGGAACUAUCGAAUGGUGAGAAAAGAAGUCGAAACCGUGGCCCACCUCCCUCUUGGGGUCGUCGCCCUCGAGAUGAUUAUCGAAGGAGGAGUCCGCCACCCCGGCGCAGAUCUCCAAGAAGGAGAAGCUUCUCUCGCAGCCGGAGCAGGUCCCUUUCUAGAGAUAGGAGAAGAGAGAGAUCACUGUCUCGGGAAAGAAAUCACAAACCGUCUCGAUCCUUCUCUAGGUCUCGUAGCCGGUCUAGGUCAAAUGAAAGGAAAUAGAAGACCAGUUUGCAAGAGAAGUGUACAGGAAAUAAGUUCAUUUGACAGGAGUAUGUACAGAAAAUUCAAGUUUUGUUUGAGACUUCAUAAGCUUGGUGCAUUUUUAAGAUGUUUUAGCGGUUCAAAUUUAUUUGUCUCUUGGAACAGUGACAUACAUAACAAUGUAACAUUCUAUGGUUUGAAAUGGAUCAUAUGAAGCACAUAAUACCAAGAAAUGUUACUUUACAAUGUUCCCUUAAGCAAGAUUGAAUUUGCUUUGAACUUUAGUCUUGCAUAGACUGAAAUAAACCUAAACCCUGCCCAGUUAAAGUGUGAUGUGCUAAUGUUACAGAAACAAAACAGGCAGAAAUUGAACUAAGAUUUACUUUCCUGCAUAGCUGAGAAACAAUGCAGCUGUAGAUGUAAAAGCAGUCUUUUAAAAAAAGCGGCUGUGAUCACAAGCCAUCAGGUAAAGAUGAAAGCUGCACCAUUAAACUAGAUGAAGUUUUUAAAAAAUCUAGCUAGUCUUCACCCUGGGCAGAGGUUGCCUAGUUGGUGUAGAAUCUGAUGUUUAAAGAAAGUUUACCUUUGCUUAGGUCAUAAGUUCCUUAUGGGAUUGUUGAAUAUGAAUAAGAACACACACUUGUUAAUUAUUUGGAAAUUUGAGAUUUCAAAAUCCUAUGUCCUGCCAGUUUAAGGGUACAUUGUAGAGCUGAACUAUUGAGUUACUGUGCAAGAUUUUCUUUUCAUGCUGUCAUUUGUAAUAUGUUUUGUGAGAAUCCUUGGGAUUAAAGUUUUGGUUACAAAUUGUUGUUUAACUUGAAAGCCUGUGUUUCCUUGCAAACUCAAAAUCUGUGAGUACCAAGUCCAGGUAUAACAUUCCUAUUGGAAGCCAUACUUAUAUUUUCUUGUAAAGUGCUUUUGAAUUAAUAAAAUACUAGCAUAAUUGUGUAAUAGUCAGUUGAACCCACUGUUACCAUUGUUCUCAACCCAUGGAAAGCAGUUGGUCACAUAGUUUAUAAGAAACACAACUGAGAAGGCACUAUAAAUGAGUCUUGGGAAUUUUUGGUUGUAACCCUGAGUGAUUAUUAGUAGUUGUCUAUUUUAGAGGUUGAAGCCAGUUUGGGGUCCAUGGUACUUAACUAACAUUUUUAAAGUAAGCCGCAACCUGGUAUAUUGUAAUCCAAAAUAAGUUGCCCAUAAAAAAAAAUGGCUUUUACCUUUAGCAUGUCCACAAAGUUUUGAAAUUUGCUUCCAUUUUAUAAUUUGAGGUGUUGCAUGGGAAUUCCAAACUGAUCCAUCAUGAUGUAAACUUCACAACAUGGUUCAAAUGUAACAGUGCACAGUUGAAUAUGGAGGCAUGCAUACCCUUCUGGUUAGAAAUCGGGAGGAGUUGUGAUUUCAAAUUUUUUGUGCAAUUAGAUUAAAUCAUAAUGCAACAGUC